GCAGACGACUGUAAUCAGCCUGGCGAAGUUUGCAAAAAUAGGCGUGUCACUCUGCCAGACAGCAGCGAUAAGCCUGCUCUUUCUCACAUCUUGAGGCACAAGCGCGUUAUUAUAUUUCAGAAAUACUUGAAUACUUUGAGAAAUACAGCUGUACAGCUUAACCUCGGCUAUCCCACAUCUAAAAGAUGUCUGCGUGUUUCCGUUUCCAUUCGCACAAGCACUUCAGCGCCGUAACGCAGCGCGCCUUGGCAGCAGCAUGCACAGUGUGUUUUUCAAGGACUGCGACAUACUCAAGCAGUGCGACGCCAGUAAAGACGGCCAUCUUGAUGCUCAACAUGGGUGGACCAAGGAAUCUAGAGGAGACUGAGCCGUUCUUGACGAGACUCUUUCUAGACGAAGAUAUAAUAUCGCUUCCGUUUCAAAGUAUGCUUGGCCCUUACAUUGCAAGAAGAAGAACUCCGGACAUGAAGCAAAAAUACGCAAAAAUUGGUGGCAGUUGCACAUCGUUUGUAUGGACCACGAAGCAAGGUCAAUUGAUGACGGAACUCCUUGACAAGAUUUCCCCAGAAACAGGACCUCACAAGCAUUAUGUUGGAUUCCGUUACGCUGAUCCUCUCUCGGAAGACAGCUUGCUACAGAUUGAAAAGGAUGGUGCAGAAAAUACAGUGCUGUUCUCACAGUAUGCUCAAUACAGCUGCUGCACAAAUGGAAGCAAUUUGAAUGCCAUAGCGCGGUUUUAUGAAAACCGCAAGGCUACUGGGAAGUGGACAGUAAUUGACAGGUGGCCUGUGCACAGUGGACUGAUUGAGUCGUUUGCUUGCUUGAUUAAAGCAGAGCUGGAUACAUUUCCUGAGGAAGUGCGGGGUCAAGUCGUUCUCCUUUUCUCGGCACAUUCUCUUCCUAUGAAGGUGGUGAAUAGAGGUGAUCCAUACCCAACAGAAGUAGCUGCAACGACAGUGGCCAUAAUGGAGAAACUGAAUUAUAAGAACCCUUACAGUCUUGUGUGGCAGUCCAAGGUUGGUCCUUUGCCAUGGCUACGUCCCACAGCAGAAGAAACCUUGAAAGCCUUAGUCAGAAAGGGCCAGAAACAUGUUCUUCUUGUGCCAGUCAGCUUCGUGAAUGAACACAUUGAAACGCUUGGAGAUAUUGACAUAGAACUGAAAGAUGUUGCAGAGAAGGCUGGAAUAGUGAACUUUCGACGGACCCCUACUCCGAAUGACCAUCCAGCAUUUAUUCAGGGGCUUGCUGACCUUGUAAUCAGUCGCUUGAAGUCACAGCAGAAGUACUCACCCCAGCUACUGCAGAGAUGCCCAUUGUGCUUCAAGAGCUCAUGCGAGGGUAUGAGACAGUGGGUAAAAUCUUUGCCCUGAAGUUUACCGGUUGCGUUACACGGAUAAUGAUAAUGAUGUGUAGUACAAACAAAAACGACAAUUAAGUGUUGUUGAUUUUCCGAAAGAAUAAUAGCAAUUUUUUGAUGCUUUGAAAGUGUGUGAGGUACUUUUACAGAAGGACGUGGCUAACGUAGCUCUCGAUGUACGGAACUCUGUUGAAUGUAUGGAAUCCUAUUUGAAAGAAGCAACUAAAGCACACUUUGUCCUGUUU